AUGCGCGUGGAGGACCUCUAUCCACCCUUCCCCUUCAUCUCAAUUCCAGAUUUUCAUUCAGUCAAAGUAGAAUGGUUUGAGUGUCUUGAGGAGCUUGCUGAGGAGAGCGUAAUCUGCUUCAUGGAAGUCACAUUGAGGAAAAAAGAUAGCAACAAGUGGGACCAGAUCUACUUGUAGGGUGUCUUCCUCCUGUUUGUUAAAUUGCUUGUAUUGUAGUGGCAACGGAACUUAUUGCCUGUACCAGGAGCUAGAGCCGGGAACGGAAUAUGAGUUGCGUUUGCGACUGAAGUGGGACAAAGAUUUUGGCCCCUUCGGCAGCGUCGAAGCCUUUGAGACUCCGCCCGAACCGGAUACCGCCUUUGAUUUGCAUAAGGCCAUAAAAUUCGAGGACAUAGAGGCUAUACAGAGGAUUUUAAGCACAAGGUAAGGUGCUAAUUAUUAGUGCAAAUACGCAUUCCUCUUCUUGUGUCGUAUUUUUUAAAAUUUCAAAUGAACACAAUUCAUGAAUGAAAUGCUGAUGCUCUAAUUCACGAAAUCAGUCAUUAACUUGCGCAUAUAGGCCGGCUUAAUCGGGGGACCAAAUAGACUUGAGAUUUUUGAAAAAGGUUAAUAAGGUACUCGAGACGUACAAUCUGUCAGUUUCGGCCAUUUCCAAUGAACGAGAGCCACUCUCCCAGUUUGCGAAAUUUCACCAUCAGUUGGUGGGACCCUGGAAUAGAAACUCCUCACAAUACAGGUGGCCUUACAAUAGGAUCCGGGAAGAUUAGGAUUAAGGUUCACUUAUUGGUUAGGGUUAGUGCUUUGGCCAGGACACGGGAAUAGGCACCCUUCCUGGAAUUUAGCUCAAGGCUACCUGUACUACGGGAGGGUUCCUAUUGUCGUGCCCUAUCCAGCAGUCCUUUAGGUUUCAAGGGUGAUUUGGUUUUACGACAAUUCGAUCGUCGAUUCCGACGAUGUCCACCGUGUGCUACACACCAACAUGAAGGAAACACACUGUGGGAGGGCUGAAUAUCUGUCCCAUCAACAAUUUUCUCGUCAUCGUAAUUUAUUCCGUGGAUAGACGCUUCAGCAGACUAACUGACUGCUUCCUGUCACAUGUAGCAUGAACUCUCACUCCGCACCUAGUCUUACAAACAUGUUCGCCUUUCAGUACUGCCAAAGUCGAGGCUACGGAUCAGAUGGAUUAUACUCCGCUUAUGGCUGCUGUCAGCAGAAACAGUAAAACGUAAGUUAUUGACUAGUCUCAAGUUAACGUUAAUAUUGAUUUAUUCGUAGUAAACUCACCUGUACACUCCUAAACGCAUUUCCAGCAGCAAUUUAAUGGACCUAUUUAAAUUCUUUCUUAAAGACAUUUACUACCCACCCUAUCCUUUUGCUACGAAAAUCGGGAACUGUGCUGAAUUUUGAGGAAAGUUGUCAGAGAAGCUGCUUGACAAGUUACUCUCGAGUCUUGGAAAUAUGUGGAUGAGACAGUUACGUCCUGAAAACCAUACUGCUAGGAACUUCUGUACAAAAAGGGUGCAAUGCUUUUAAAUUGAGACUUUCAGCAACACGUACUUUUAUAUGCAGUUGUUAAGAAAAGAAUAGCGUUUCACUUUUAUAUAAACACAGUUGCGGAUGUAGUCUACGAUGAACGAAGGCGGUCAGGGGAUUCCUGAAUGAAUAGCCAAAAUGACGCUGUAAAUGAAGUAAACGCGCCUGUGGACUACACGGGAACGACGUGCGCCAAUAUGUCCGGGUAGCGGGACAGAAUGUGGGCGACCUCGUUUUGUAUCAAAGGUCCCGGGCUAGAGCCUACGCAAGCUGUCCGGUAUACCCUGUCUUUGUCGAUAACGCUUCUAGAUUGUUGAUUACUGGUCGACAUGCCUCACCGCCCGCGUGUGAUGCAUUGUCUCAUCUUCAAUAUGGGGGCCACAUCGGACUCUGAUAGGCGUUAUCGGGAAUGCGCACCUAUAACAAAAGCCAAUGCUCGGAGUGUGGUGGCAGGCCUAGUUGCAGGCUCACGCCGCGCACAUUUGAAUCCCUGCCGCCCCCCAUUGUUAAUGUUGUUGUUGUUUAAAAUCCUGGUCAAGUUUUUUUGCGGACCAGGAGUGUGGUGGUGCGCUUAGGUGAUGUGAAGACCAGUGGGUGUGGAGUGGAGCACCAAGGUGCAGGCUCAAUCGUGCCGUCCAGCUGAGCCCUCACCCCGCCACCGGUCUUCUUGACUCCGUCUUGACACCGGGUCCAGGCAGGGGUGGAGGAGAGAGUGUGGUGCGUGCCGUGCAAGUCUACAUUUACUAUAAACUAAUUCACGCAAAAGUCACCGGCCCUUCUUCACCAUGCUGUGGAGCACAUGGUGGACAUCGUCGGCAACGACGGUCGAACUGUCAGGUGCGGGCCCGACCGUGCCAGUCACCUGCACCCUCCCUCGCCUCCGGUCUCGACAUUGUUUCUGGACAGGAGAGGAGGCCAGAGUGCGGUAGAUGCUGCACAAGUCUACUAUAACUACAAACUAACUCGCUUUACCAUAAAUCACGUAUGGCGCGAUCCACAGUCUCCUGGCAGUUAAGUGGGGUCCCUCUCUAUACCGUUACCGGCAGUUGUUAUGGGUACGCAUUCCGGAUAAUGCCUAUUAGAAUUCGAUGUGGCCUGUUUUAGGGGCCCGAUAAGGUCUGUAAUAACCCCUUAAAAUUAAACAAACGUGAAAUUGUCUCAAUUUGUCCGAUUUUUUAGCAUUAUAAACAUUCUACUGAAUGCCCAGGCCAAUGUGAACGCAGCUAACAAACUGGGCAAGACUGCCCUCAUGCUGGCGGCCAACAAGGGUUUUAUCGAUGUUGUGGAUAUUCUCGUGAAACGAGGCGCUUCUGUCGAUGCUAAAGUAAGUACUCAUAAAGUUUAUUUCUUCUAGCAAAUAUGUGUCGAGCGUUUAUUAUAGGUUUUUAGAGCAUGCGUCUAUAUAGAUUUUGCUGUUCUUGUGGUUGGCAUAGUCUUCACUGGUACCGAUCCUUAAAACGUAUUCUAGGCAAGACACGUGGUUCUUUGAUCUUGCAGGAUUUAGUAGCCCUUCUGAAUGCAUGCGCUACCCCUCUAGUUCGUACUGGUCUCAGCAACGACACCUAAUUGAUGGCAGAGGAACCGAAAAGGGCCCAUAAUCCUGAGUACGCUUCAUCAAACCGGCAGCCGUGCUGGGUUACGAGAAAGUCUCAUCCAACGUUCUGAUUUUUAAGACUUCAUAAUAUUACCGUGAUCCAGGGGAAUGAAACAAAACCUCAAAAGUCUCUAAACUACGUCGGGAGUCAAGGAUGUAGAUUUUGGUAGCAAUUUAAACAAGUCGAAAAGCAAGCGUCUUUAGCAGUUAAGCAGUCUCUCAUAAUGUGACAGGUGAAAAAGGAGUAUUUAGUAACUAUGAGCAAACCUUUUUGAUCUCAACUUAUUAUUGUUGCUAGAACGCAUCACUUGAUAUAAUGCAUUACGCACUGAAAACAACAGCAGCUGAAGGACGCUUUGGAUAAUUUGCGACAUAUGCAGGUAUUAACUGACAUGUUCUGCUCCGCUGAUCACGGGACCGAUCCCUAUUCCCCUCAUAAAACGCCAACCUAUACGCAAACACAGAUUCACCACAGGUGUCCUGACGAUAGCGAGCCACGAAAAAGCAACUUUUACAGACCGCUGGUAGACACGGUGUGAGCAAAACGCAUGCGAUCUACGCAAGGCGGAUGUGUAAGAAGGGUUCAUCUGGAGGGCUUAUGUGUAUCCCUAGCAUUUGUAGGGUGAGGCAGAGUUGUGUACUCCGUCCCACCCUCUUCAGCCUCAUGCUUCCCACCACGCUGCUGAACGCCUACUUUGAGGGACGACCAGAAAUCAAGGUCACCUACUGGCUCGAUGGACAGCUGUUCAAUGCACGGCGCAUUCAAGCAGGCUCAGGAGUACCCCAGACCAGCAUCCACAACCUACCGUUAGCAGAUGACUGUGCACUCAAUACAACGACGAAAGCGGCCAUGCGAAGGAGCCUAGGUAUUUUCGCCUCCGGCUGUGCCAACUUUGGACUAACACUCGAAACGGAGGACGAUGGUCAUGCAUUAACCGGGGUCAGCCAUGAAUCACGGAAAACCCCACGCCACUGUAGACAAAUUUGCAUAUCUAGGCAGCGAAAUGUGACGAAGUGGCCAGUUGGACCUCUAAAGCCACCCGGACAUUUGGCCACCUACAAACCUCACUCUGGAAUCUCCGAGCGGUCCCCUGAAUACCAAACUCAAGAUAUACAGGGCGAUGGUCCUGACGACACUGCUCUACAUGACUGACACAGAGACCGUCUACACCAAUCAAGUCAGAAAACUCGAUGAAAUCCACAUCAGCUGCCUCCGGAGAGUAAUGAAACUGAGGUGGCGGGACCGGGUCUUGGACACGGGAGUCCUGGAACAGACCGAAACCCUCAACUUCAAUGCCAUACUGAGGCAAUACAACAAUUUCACCUACUGUCUCCGCAAAAACCUCCACUGUCACUCCUGUCGCAACCACUGAGAAGCCGAUCACCACCACCGGGAGCAAACUUCCGACGCCCCUUUGCGAGACCUGUUAUUUUGUGCGGAGGAUCAGGUGGUGUGUAUGGCACACCCAGACGGCCGUUUUCAGCUCUGUCGGUCACCCCUCUCAAUCUUAGCAUCUCGCAUCGGACAAUCGACCAGCUCGGGCAGUGAACUGGUGACUCGGGGUGGGGAGGGGAGGGGAGUAAAGUCAGAUCGACCGUCAAAACGCAUAUUCCUCACUAUAAGCAAUCUGACGCGCUUAAAUCUAUCACAGUGCAUCAGAAGCGGUGGCUUGGAAGGCUGCUAACUGGAGGGAUAAUUGAGGACUGAGAGUCAGGCUGAGAUGGCUCCCUCUUAAUAUGGCCUUUAUGGCACCCACUCAGCGGAGUUUCUUCCCUCUCCUACCUAUGCAGUGCCAUGCGAUCCCCCCUCUGAAGGAGAAGUCGCCGAUGCCAUACGAAAGUUCGCAACAAUAAGGCACCUGGAGAGGAUGGUAUACCCGCUGAAAUCUUCAAGUCUUGUGUCGACACUCUGGCGCCCUGGCUCCAUGAGGUGAUUGAACGAGCGUGGAGAGACGAGGUUGUUCCUGAUGACUGGGUCUUAGGCAUCCCUGUAUCUAUCCUCAAGAAUGGAGAUAAGACGAGAUGCGAUAACGACCGCGGCAUAAGUCUUAUCGACGUUGCUGCGAAGAUCUUCGCUAUUGUCCUACUCAGGCGAUUCCAAGCUGUGCGUGACUCAAGGACGAGGCCCAACCAAGCCGGAUUUUGUGCUGGACGUGGAUGCGCAGAUCAGAUAUUCACACUGAGGCGCAUUCUCGAAUUUCGCCAUAGCUACCAACAACCGACGGCCGUCUGCUUCGUUGACUUUGCCGUCGCGUUCGAUUCCUUUCACCGUGAGUCCCUGUGGCGGAUAAUGGCGCUAGAUGGUGUACCGGCAAAAAUCAUCGCCAUGAUCAAGGCCUACUAUCGCUCCACUACUGCGAGAGUCCCGGUCCGCAAUAAUCUUUCCCAACCGUUCGGUAUUCGGUCUGGCGUCCGACAGGGUUGUAUCCUGUCACCCAUACUGUUCAACUAUGCUAUCGAAUGGAUCCUCGGGAGGACCUUACGCGAGAGUGACGGCGUUGAGUUUGCACCCCGACAUCGACUGACUGAUCUCGACUAUGCCGAUGAUAUCGCCUUACUUGCUCCAAGUUUUGGUGAUCUGCAGUCUAUGGUGUCACGGGUGAACGAGGUCGCUAAAUCGGUCGGUUUGUCCAUAAACGCUGCGAAGAACAAAGUGCUUUCAAGCUGCAUCCCAGACCAGGCGAAGGCACCCCUCGGGAUCGAUGGUUGUCAUCUUGAAGAAGUAGACAGUUUUAACUACCUCGGUGCGAGGCUGCUGCCUAAUGGACAGAGAAAAGCCGACAUUAUCUCCCGAAUCGAUGCUGCCCGCUGGGUUUUCUCAAGCCUUCGGAAAUGUCUAUGGAUCCGACGUGACCUCUCCAUCGCCACUAAGAUUCGCGUGUAUCGUGCAUCUGCCCGGUCUUUCCUUCUUUACGGUUGUGCAUGCUGGGCUUUGCGCGUGAAGGACGAGCGAAAACUGGAGGUAUCUGACAACCACUGCCUGAGGACCAUCCUUCGAGUGAAGUUCACCGACUUCGUCUCAAAUGAGACAGUUGGCGCUCGCUGCGACAACAUCGCAAGGAUAACUCAGGCCAUCCAAGAAAGACGACUGAGGUGGUUCGGGCAUGUUCUUCGUCGUCCACCUCAGGAGCUCAAUGUUACUGCCCUCGAUCCGGCAGUAUUGCCCCAUUGGAGGCGUCGAAGAGGGGGUCAGUUCAAAACCUGGCUCGACACAGUCCGUCAAGACAUGGAGGUGGUUCUUGGACCUUCGGUAUUCGGUCUCCGUCGUUGGCGAAGGGAAUGGGUUGAGCUGUCUAGAUCUGCUGCCGCGGAUCGUCACGCGUGGAGAGGUACAGUUCUUGACAUCAUCGAGGCCGGCUAG